UAACAACCAGCGUUUCCAGAUUCUGUCAAAAAAAGUUGCCAGAUUUUGUUUAAAUUUGGCUUAAUUACAAAAAUGUCAAAAUCAACAAUGCAAAUUGUUAAUGUGGCGUUUUUAUUAAUUGUUGAUUAUGUCAUUUUUGUAAUGAAGGUAAAUUCAAACAAAAUCUGGCAACUUUUAUGACAGAAUCUAGUGCAUGUCUUUCAAAUUUUAGGUUAUGUGCUCGAAUUGUAAAUAUCCUAACUAAGGGAAGUGCUUUUGGAUUUAUUUACACAAAUUGAAAGUUUAACCUGUGAACUUUUCCUAAUUUCAUCUGAGUAAACAGAAAGAAAAAAACCGAUGAAAAAAUUAAUUUUGUGGUUAUGUUUUUUAAAUGGGUACUUACUAAAUUUUCUAAUCAUUGUUUAAGCUAAUUGCUGGAUUAAAAUAUGUCUGUCCUCAACAAACUAAGUAUUUGCGGAGUACGAAGUUUCAGUCCCGAUAAAAAUGACCAACAAAUCGUUUUUACCACUCCUGUUACCUUAUUGUUGGGUCAAAACGGUUGUGGUAAAACUACCAUAAUCGAGUCGAUUAAAUAUGCAUGUACCGGGGAACUACCCGCCGGGGGAGGAAGUGGGUUUCUGAAUAAUCCUAAUCUAACCAAUAAGCAAACUAUCCAAGGAAACGUCAAAAUGAGGUUUUUUGAUCGAAACGGAAACGAAGUUACCAUUGGCCGAUUUAUGCAAGUAAAUCUUUCUCCCAAAGAAAAGUUUAAAUCUACUCUGACAAGGAUAGAAAUAAAGAAACCAGAUGGAAGCACGGAACACGUAUGCGGCCGUAUUAACGACGUUUCAGAUUAUUGCACGCAGGCGCUGAACGUUUCGGCGCCCAUUUUAAACCACGUUCUGUUCUGCCACCAAGAACAAUCCUCGUGGCCCCUAGAUGAACCCAAAAAACUAAAAGAACGUUUCGACGAAAUAUUCGAUUCUGCCAAGCACAACAAAUGCGUGGACGCUUUGAGGAAACUGCAAAUAAAGAAAGACGUGAUCGAAUUGAAAAAGAAGAGUCUGGAAGACGCGCACAACAACAAAAUACGGGCCGAUGAUUUAAACAACAGAAUAAAUUUAUGCAUGGAAGAACUGCGCGACAUUGAAAACGACAUAACUCGCAGAAAUGAGUUGCUAGUACCCAUAAAAAAGCGUUUAACGGAAAUUAUAAAGAGUGAAGGCGAGCUAGGUGUUUUGCAAAGAAAUCUGAUCGCUCUUGAAGAGCAAAAGAAAGGUUUAAUAGAACAACAGGAAUAUAUCAAAAAGAAUAUUUCCGUUGUGUUCGAUAGAACCGAUGAAGAAUUGCGACAACAAAUGGAACAAUUUGACGCCAACACCAAAAAUAAAGAGAAUUCGAUUACGAAACUUCAACUGCAAAUCGCUGACAUCGAUGUAAAAACCGAAAAUAUGCGAGAGGUAUUUCGAGAAGGUCACAAAAAAAUCGGCCAGCUUAAAGAGGAGCAACGGCAGCAAUCGAGCAGGCUGCAAAAACGCGAACAUCUGAUCCAAGACGCCACGAAACACUUUAAAAAUCAAGGUUACGACACCCUCAAAAAUGAGUUUAAAGUGGCGCUGGCCGCAAGCGAAGAUGCGCUAAGAGAUCUAGACGAAAAAAUGGUGGUUGAAGAGGAAGAAUUGCAAAGAAAAAUCAACCAACUAUCAAUGGACCACUGCACAACCAAGCAGGAGAUUGAUUUCAAGAAAAACAUUGCUGCCCAAUGCCAAAGUACAAUUGACGAAUGCACAAGAAAAUUAUCGGACAUCGAUGGUAAAAACAGUAAAAUGAAAGAGUUAAGCAAGGAUUCGGUGGAAAUCAAAAAAGCCUUCAUUAACCUGACCAAUUCGCUCGAUGAAAAUAAAGUCAACGAAGAAAUUGAAGGUUCGAAGAUGGAGAUCGCACAACUGAAGAAACACUUGGAAAAACUUGAACGGGAUAAUAACAUUCUAAUGAAGAACCACGAAACAGAGAAAACGAUUGAAAAUGAAAAAACAUCCAUUAUCGAGAAGACAUCAAAAAUUAAUCAAAUAAAAAAUGAACACAGCGAAGAUUUUUUUUAUUUGUUCGACGACGAACUCCCCAAUAAUGAAUUACUCCCCAAAAUAAACGAAUUAUUACAAACAAAUGAACCCAAAGUAAAAAAAAUCAACCAUAGCAUAAAUGAUAUCCAAAAGAAAUUAACCACAUUGGAGAUUAAUAUCAAAAACAAGGAAGAAGACAUUCGACAAACUGAAUUAGAAGUGUCAGAAAAACAAGGUAGAAUCAAAAAAGUUUGCAAAGAAAAACCAAUAGACCAACUACUUGAAGAAACGCAAAUAAAAAAGGAAAACUUACAAAGAAAAAAGGGAACCCUAAGUUCCACAAAAGUGAUGUAUGAAUCUUACAUAAGACAGUUCGAAGGACCAACUCCUUGCUGUCCAGUUUGCAGCACGAAUUUCGCCCAAAAAAACAACGUUAUCAAAGAUAUCAUAGCAUCCCUUAAAAAACAGAUCGAGUGCAGUCCCAAAAAUUUGGCCGACUGCGCAAAAAAACUGCAAGUUGAAGAGGAAAUGUUCAACAACCUUCAGCAGCUCAAAUUUUUAAAAAAUGACAUUGACAGCUUGACCAAAGCUUUACCGGAGCUAAAAAAGGAUUUACGCAAAUUUAACAAUGAGAUGGAGCUUUUACGUAUAGAGCUUGAAUCUAAAAACUCCGAAUUGGAAGGACCAGAAAGAACUGUGACCCAUUGCAGAAACGUUCAAACGGAUGUUGCGUUAAUCAACGAACAUGAAGACAACAUCAAGAAAUCCAAAAGCAGUAUAAUUAAUUUGGAACGAAAAAUUUUAUCGGUCUCCACCAAAAAGUCCCUGCACGAAACCGAUACCGAAAUUUCGGAAAUCCAGGACAAAAUAAAGACAUUCAAUCACUCUUGUGAGACAAAUGAAAAAAAAUUGGGCGAGUACAAAAAUCUAUGCCAAGAAUUAACUAAGAAGAAAGAAAAAAACUUGGAAGAGCAAAUGCUUCUGCAACAAGACCUUCGAGAAGGUCGACACCUUGAAGAAAAAAAAGCUGAAAAUGAAAAAACUCUAAAUAACGCUAACAUUUGUAUAGAGGAGUUGGAAGCAAGAGAAAAAGAGCUAAAGGGCGAAUAUGACGCUGUCUAUUGUGAAAAAGAGGCAACAGUAAGAAAUAAUAAACAGAUUGCAAAAGAGGCAAACGACAAAGUGAACCAAAGUAGACAAAAAAUAGAAGACCUCGAGAAACUUCAAGAUGAAAUAGAUAAUUAUUGUUUAAGAAAUAAUGAGGACCGAUUAAAAAAGGAGAACGAGAAAUUAGACAAAUUACGAGUUGAAGAGCAAGAGUUAAAUGAAAAAAAAAUUGAAUUAUCAACCAAUGCAACAAAUACAAUAAAGGAUUUGGCCAAACAGAAAAUUAACUUUAGAGAAUUGCAGGAUAAUAUUUUGUUAAGAGAAAAACAGGUUCAGGAGAAAGAAUUGGAGUUUAAAAUUGAUAAACAAAAAAUCCAAAUUGGGCACCACAAUUACAAAGAAGAAAAAAGCAAUCUUUUGAAUGAAGAAAAUAAAAUAUUACAGGAAAUAAAUAACAUAAAAGGGGGAAAGGACGCUAUAGCAAAACACGUCGAAGAUUAUAAGAUUGAACAAGAAAAGCCAACAAAUAAAAAUGCUUAUAAAGAAUAUAAAAAAAAAUUAUUCGAAUAUCACAUUGAAAAGAAUCUAAAUUGCGAUUUGCAAAAGUUCGCAAUAGUUCUGGAAAAGUCGAUACUUCGUUUUCACAAAGAUAGAAUGGUGCAUAUUAACAAGGUGAUAAGAGAGCUGUGGCGGGCCAUAUAUCGCGGAAAUGAUAUAGAUUACAUUGAAAUAAAAACAGAAAAUGAAAUCGGUACCGAGAAAAAAAGGAGCUAUCAGUACAAGGUGGUGCAGGUGAAGAAGGGCGUGGAAAUCGACAUGAGGACGCGGUGCAGUGCUGGCCAACGGGUGCUGGCCUCUUUGGUCAUCAGGAUGGCCUUGGCCGAAACAUUCUCAACGCAUUGCGGUAUCUUGGCUCUCGAUGAACCCACCACCAAUUUGGACAGACAAAACAUUUUAAGUUUAAGUGAUGCUCUGGUCAGUUUAAUUGAUUCCAGGAAAGAUGAAAAGAACUUUCAAUUGUUAAUUAUUACACAUGAUGAAGAGUUUUUAAAUACCCUGACUAGAGUUCAAAGUAUUCCACACUACUGGAAAGUUUCCAGAAAUAAUGAGGGGUUCUCUGUUAUCAACAAAGUUUCCAUGUAG